AUGUACUGAAAACGUACCUUCCUAGGUGUCUAAUGUAUCGCACACUCUUAUAAUCUAACUAAUCAACAGUAUGUUCUGUUCUUACCUCUUUGUAGAACGUGUAUGUAAACAUCAGUCGGAUUAUGUCUGUGGGGAACCGGCUGUUGGAGGCGGGUCACUAUGCUGCCCAGCAGAUCCAGCAGAUCUCAGGUCAGUUGGAGCAGGAGUGGAAGGCCUUCGCUGCUGCUCUGGAUGAGAGGAGCACCCUGCUGGAGAUGUCCGCUGCUUUCCACCAAAAAGCUGACCAGUAUAUGAGUAACGUGGAGCCGUGGUGUAAAGCAUGUGGAGAAGGAGAGCUGCCUACAGAACUGCAGGACCUUGAGGACACAAUCCACCAUCACCAGGGCUUAUAUGAGCACGUCACUGCAGCCUACUCAGAGGUGAGCCAGGAUGGCAAAUCCCUAUUGGACAAAUUACAGCGACCUCUGACCCCAGGCAGUGCUGAUUCGCUCACGGCUUCAGCCAAUUACUCGAAGGCGGUGCAUCACGUGCUGGACAUCAUCCAUGAGGUCCUCCACCACCAGAGACAGUUGGAGAACAUCUGGCAACACCGCAAGCUCCGCCUACACCAGCGCCUACAGCUGUGCGUCUUCCAACAGGAUGUUCAGCAGGUUCUGGACUGGAUUGAGAACCAUGGUGAGGCAUUUCUCAGUAAACACACGGGUGUGGGGAAGUCCCUGCAUCGAGCCAGAGCCCUUCAGAAACGACACGAGGACUUUGAAGAAGUGGCCCAGAACACCUACACUAAUGCGGAUAAGUUGUUGGAGGCGGCGGAGCAGCUGGCUCAGACAGGGGAAUGUGACCCAGAGGAGAUCUAUCAGGCGGCUCAUCAGCUGGAGGAUCGCAUCCAAGACUUUGUGAGGCGUGUGGAGCAGCGCAAGGUCCUGCUGGACAUGUCUGUGUCUUUCCACACGCACGGCAAAGAGCUGUGGACGUGGUUGGAGGAGCUACAGAAGGAGCUGUUGGAUGACGUGUAUGCAGAGUCUGUGGAGGCGGUGCAGGAACUCAUCAAACGGUUCGGCCAGCAGCAGCAAACCACGCUGCAGGUCACCGUCAACGUCAUCAAAGAAGGAGAGGACCUCAUCCAGCAGCUCAGAGAUUCUGCCAUCUCCAGUAACAAGGCCCCUCACAACAGCUCGAUGGCUCACAUUGAGAGUGUCCUGCAGCAGCUGGACGAGGCCCAGGCCCAGAUGGAGGAGCUGUUUCAAGAAAGAAAGCUCAAACUCGAGCUCUUCCUGCAGCUUCGCAUUUUCGAGCGUGACGCCAUCGACAUCAUCUCAGAUUUGGAGUCCUGGAAUGAGGAGCUGUCCCAGCAGAUGAGUGAGUUUGAUACAGAGGAUCUGACCCUGGCUGAGCAGAGACUACAACACCAUGCAGAUAAAGCUCUGACCAUGAACAACCUCACCUUCGACGUCAUCCACCAGGGACAGGAGCUGCUGCAGUACGUCACUGAGGUGCAGGCGUCUGGUGUGGAGUUGCUGUGUGACCGGGAUGCAGACAUGGCGGCGCGGGUCCAGGACCUGCUGGAUUUCUUACAUGAGAAACAGCAGGAACUGGAUGUUGCUGCAGAGCAGCAUCGCAGACAUCUCGAACAGUGUGUGCAGCUGCGCCACCUACAGGCAGAGGUUAAACAGGUCUUGGGUUGGAUCCGUAAUGGAGAAUCCAUGCUAAACGCAGGGCUGAUUACAGCCAGUUCCCUGCAGGAGGCUGAGCAGCUUCAGAGAGAGCAUGAGCAGUUCCAGCAUGCUAUAGAGAAAACCCAUCAGAGUGCUCUGCAGGUGCAGCAGAAGGCAGAGGCCAUGUUGCAGGCCAAUCAUUAUGACAUGGACACAAUCAGAGACUGUGCUGAGAAGGUCGCCUCACACUGGCAACAGCUCAUGCUCAAAAUGGAGGAUCGACUCAAGCUGGUGAACGCUUCUGUCGCCUUCUACAAGACCUCGGAACAGGUGUGUAGUGUGUUGGAGAGCCUGGAGCAGGAGUACAAGCGGGAGGAGGACUGGUGCGGAGGGACGGACAAACUGGGACCAAACUCAGAGACCGAUCAUGUGACCCCCAUGAUCAGCAAACACCUAGAACAGAAAGAGGCCUUCCUCAAGGCUUGUACGCUAGCCAGACGAAAUGCUGAUGUUUUCCUGAAGUAUCUCCACAGAAACAGUGUGAACAUGCCCGGGAUGCUGGCCCACAUCAAAGCUCCCGAGCAACAAGUCAAAAACAUCUUGAAUGAGCUGCUCCAGAGGGAGAACCGAGUUCUUCAUUUCUGGACCAUGAGGAAGAGGAGACUGGACCAGUGCCAACAGUACGUGGUGUUUGAGCGCAGUGCUAAACAGGCUCUGGAGUGGAUUCAUGACACAGGAGAAUUCUACCUGUCCACACACACAUCCACAGGUUCAACUAUACACCACACUCAGGAGCUGCUGAAGGAGCAUGAGGACUUCCAGAUCACAGCCAAGCAAACCAAAGAGCGAGUGAAGCUGUUGAUCCAGCUGGCCGAUGGCUUUUGUGAGAAGGGCCACGCCCAUGCCAGUGAAAUCAAGAAAUGGGUCACAUCAGUGGACAAGCGUUACCGAGACUUCUCCCUCCGCAUGGACAAAUACCGCUCCAGCCUGGAGAAAGCACUCGGCAUCUCCUCAGACUCCAACAAGGCGAGUAAAGAGCUUCAGUUGGAUAUCAUUCCUGCCACUGCCCCCGGGGCAGAGGUCAAACUCCGAGAUGCCAACCACGAGCUCAACGAGGAGAAGCGCAAAUCUGCACGCCGAAAAGAGUUUAUAAUGGCAGAGCUGAUUCAGACAGAGAAAGCCUACGUCAGGGACCUGCGAGAGUGUAUGGAUACAUACCUGUGGGAGAUGACUAGCGGAGUAGAGGAAAUUCCCCCGGGCAUCGUUAAUAAAGAGCACAUCAUCUUCGGGAACAUGCAGGACCUGUAUGAGUUCCACCACAAUAUUUUCCUGAAGGAGUUAGAGAAGUACGAACAGCUCCCGGAGGAUGUUGGUCAUUGUUUUGUCACUUGGGCGGAUAAGUUCCAAAUGUAUGUUAAUUACUGUAAGAACAAGCCAGACUCAACUCAGCUCAUCCUGGAACAUGCAGGAUCUUAUUUUGAUGAAAUCCAGCAGAGACACAGGCUGGCCAACUCCAUAUCCUCGUAUCUGAUAAAACCAGUUCAAAGAAUCACCAAGUACCAGCUGCUUCUGAAAGAGCUCCUGACAUGCUGUGAGGAAGGUAAAGGUGAAAUUAAAGAUGGUUUAGAAGUCAUGCUGAGUGUGCCCAAGAAAGCCAACGAUGCCAUGCAUCUCAGCAUGCUGGAGGGCUUCGAUGAGAACAUAGAGUCUCAGGGUGAGUUGAUCCUGCAGGAGUCGUUCCAAGUCUGGGAUCCGAAAACACUGAUCCGUAAAGGUCGGGAACGCCACCUCUUUCUCUUUGAGAUGUCCCUCAUCUUCAGCAAAGACGUCAAAGAUUCCACUGGCCGUAGCAAGUACCUCUACAAGAGCAAACUGAUGACGUCUGAGUUGGGGGUGACUGAACAUGUGGAAGGAGAUCCUUGUAAAUUUGCUCUGUGGGUCGGAAGAACCCCAACGUCAGAUAACAAGAUUGUCCUGAAGGCGUCCAGCAUUGAGAAUAAGCAGGACUGGAUCAAACAUGUUCGGGAGGUGAUCCAGGAACGGACCAUUCACCUGAGGGGGGCACUCAAGGAGCCCAUCCACAUUCCCAAAGCCACCGCCACCAAAGUCAAGGGCAGAAGAGAUGGGGAAGACCUGGACAGUCAGGGUGACGCCAGCAGUCAGCCGGACACAAUCUCCAUCGCUUCCCGCACAUCCCAGAAUACACUGGACAGCGACAAGCUGUCGGGUGGCUGUGAGUUGACAGUGGUCAUCCACGACUUUGUUGCCAGUAACGGCUCAGAGCUGACGGUGCGUAAGGGCCAGACAGUGGAGUUACUGGAGAGGCCGCAGGACAAGCCGGACUGGUGUUUGGUGCGGACUACCGACCGUUCACCUGCACAGGAGGGUCUGGUGCCCAGCACCAUGUUGUGUAUUGCCCACUCCCGCAGUAGCAUGGAGAUGGAGGGCAUCUUCAACCACAAAGCUCUCUCUUUCACAGACACGCUCUCCGUGUCCAGUAACGAUGCCAGCAUGUCGGGCAGUGCCACCUUGCAGCCUGGGCAUGGACUGGGCAACCAGAGCUCUCCGGGGCCCAAGCGCCCGGGCAACACGCUGCGGAAAUGGCUGACCAGUCCAGUCAGGAGGCUGAGCAGCGGGAAAGCCGACGGCCACGUCAAGAAACUAGCCAACAAGCACAAGAAGAGCCGUGACGUCCGCAAAAACGCCGACGCCGGCUCACAGAAAGACUCGGACGACAGCGCCGCCACGCCUCAGGAUGAGACCAUCGAGGAGAGAAUGCGAAACGAAGGACUGAGCAGCGGCACUCUGUCCAAGUCAUCCUCCUCAGGCAUGCAGAGCUGCGGAGAGGAAGAGGGUGAAGAAGGACCUGACUCUGUCCCCCUGCCUCCACCCAUGGCCAUCCAACAGCACAGCCUGCUCCACCAGGACUCACAGGAGGACAAGGCCACAUCUCGACUGUCGGGUCGUCCUAGCAGCUCAGAAACGCCUAGUGCUGCUGAACUGGUCAGUGCUAUUGAGGAACUGGUCAAGAGUAAGAUGAGUCUGGAGGAUCGUCCCAGUUCUCUGUCAGUGGAGCAGGGGGACAGUAGCAGUCCGUCCUGUAACCCCUCUGACAACUCCCUUCUCUCCUCUUCCUCACCCAUCGAUGAGCUGGACGAACGCAGGACCGGCUUCCUCAAGAGACGGCAUUAUGUUCUGCUGGAGCUGGUGGAGACGGAGAGAGACUAUGUUAGAGACCUUGGCUCGGUGGUGCAGGGUUACAUGUCCAGGAUGAAGGAGGAGGGUGUCCCCGACGACAUGAAGGGCAAAGACAAGAUUGUCUUCGGCAACAUCCACCAAAUCUACGACUGGCACAAAGAUUUCUUCCUGGGCGAACUGGAGAAGUGCCUUGAGGAUCCUGAUAGGCUGGCACCCCUGUUCAUCAAACAGGAGAGGCGUCUGCAUAUGUACAUCGUGUACUGUCAGAACAAACCCAAAUCAGAGCACAUUGUCUCCGAGUACAUUGACACUUACUUUGAGGACAUGAAGCAGCGUCUGGGCCAUCGGCUCCAGAUCACUGAUUUGCUCAUUAAACCAGUGCAGAGAAUUAUGAAAUAUCAGCUUCUGCUCAAGGAUUUCCUCAAAUUUUCCAAGAAGGCUGGUUUAGACACAGUGGAGUUAGAGAAAGCGGUGGAGGUCAUGUGUGUCGUGCCCAAACGGUGCAACGACAUGAUGAACGUCGGACGUCUGCAGGGCUUUGACGGUAAAAUCGUGGCUCAGGGUCGACUACUGCUCCAGGACACAUUCAUGGUGUCGGAUCAGGACGGAGGUCUGCUUGCGCGCAUGAAGGAAAGACGCGUCUUCCUCUUCGAGCAGAUCGUCAUCUUCAGUGAACCUCUAGACAAGAAGAAAGGCUACUCCAUGCCAGGCUAUCUAUUUAAAAAUAGCAUUAAGGUCAGUUGGCUUGGUCUGGAGGAGAGUUCGGACAGCGAUCCCUGUAAGUUUACGUUGACCUCCAGGUCGUCUUCAGGCAGCACAGAUCGUUACAUUCUUCACUCUGUGAACCCGGCCGUGUGUCAGACCUGGGUCCAGCAGAUCAGCAGCAUUCUAGAGAACCAGCGUAACUUCCUCAACGCACUGACGUCUCCCAUUGAGUACCAGAGGAACCACGUAGGGGCCAGCGGAUCGGCCAACCCCAGCAGCAGUGGUCUUCCAGGAGGCAGCAGUACCUCGGCAAUGGGCUCCAGCUGCGGCUCCCGCUCCCGCCCUUCACGCAUUCCCCAGCCGUCUUCACGCUUGCCCCAGCCCCUGCAUCACCACUCCUCCCCUGCUCCGGACGACAGAACCUCAGGUACGUGUCCCCACACACCCGAAACGGGCUCUUUGGGCCUGGAGAGCGAAGUACCAAGGAUGCAGGUCCUGGAGAGCCCCCUGAGAGAGCAGCGCGAGGAGGCCCAGGCAGGAGCCCCCACCCAGAAGGCUGCCGUAGUUCCCCCACUGUCCCUCCCUCCCCCAAAACCCCGUUUGGCAGGGUCGUGCGCACCCAUGCUCUCCCCGCUGACUCUAGGCAAAGAGGCCUCCACCUUCAGCCCCGGAAGCCCCGCCCAAAAAGGGUCCUCAUUUUGGGCCUCGGUUCCAACCUCGCCCCCCGCCGGGCGACCCGGUUCCCUCAGCUACCCCUCUGAGCAGAGUGACACGCUUAGCCGGAAUCAAAACCGUCGACACUCCACACACGGCAAGGAGCUGGAUCGUAUGAGCACGUGUUCCUCCACCAGCGAACACUCCAUGCAUUCAACCCACAGUAAUGGGAGUGAAAGCAGUAGCAGCAGCAGUGUGGCCACCAUGCUGGUGACCCAGGACUAUGUGGCUUUAAAAGAGGACGAGAUCAGUGUGUGUCAGGGGGAGGUCGUGCAGAUCCUGGCCUCCAAUCAGCAGAGCAUGUUUCUGGUGUUCCGCGCGGCAACGGAACAAGGCCCGGCCGCCGAGGGCUGGAUCCCCGGCUACGUUCUAGGCCACACAUCCACAGUCAUCCCCGAUUAUUCUGACGGAACGCUCAAGAAAUCCAGCUCAUGGCAUACAGCCCUCCGCAUCAGGAGGAAAUCAGAGAGGAGAGAUAAGGAUGGUAAAAAAGAGAACAGACUGGAGAAUGGCUUCCGCAGGCCCAGAGAUGGGCUGGCCAAUAAGGUUUCUGUAAAGGUAUUGUUCUAACCAGCCUUACAGUCCACAUCUUUAGUUCCUGUUUAAUAUCCAUUUUUGUGUUCUGUUCACUUUCAGCUUCUGAAUCCCAACUACAUUUAUGACGCUCCCCCAGAGUUUCUGGUGCCCCUGACUGACAUGUCAUGUGAAGCUGGUGAGAGCGUGACACUGCGCUGUAAGGUCUGUGGACGACCCAAAGCCUCAGUCUCCUGGAGAGGACCUGACCAGAGCGCUCUGAGCAAUGGCGGACGCUUCACUGUCACACACAGUGACACGGGCGAAGUGACUCUCAGGAUCUCGGCCGUGUCGGUGGAAGACAGCGGAGUGUACACUUGCGUUGCUGUCAACGACCUUGGCACGGUGACAUCAUCAGCCAGUCUCAGAGUGCUCGGUAUGUCCAGAGAUGGAAUCCUCUGGAAGGACAACUUUGAGUCCCACUACACAGAGGUCAUGGAACUUGGGAGAGGCAGGUUUGCUGUGACUAAAUGGUGUGAGUGCAGGAGUUACAGGCGCUCCGUGGCUGCGAAGCUUGUCAAUAAGAAGCUGAUGCGACGUGAGCAAGUGGCCCGUGAGCUGUCCAUCCUGCAGUGCAUCCAGCACCCCCACCUGGUCAGCCUGCUGGACACCUACGAGACGGCCAACAGCUACGUCCUGCUCUUAGAAAUGGCUGAUCAGGGUCGUCUCCUUGACUACAUCGUCAGCUGGGGCAACCUCGCAGAAGAGAAAGUGGCUCUUUACCUGCGGGACGUUCUAGAAGCUUUACACUACCUGCAUAGCUGCAGAAUAGCUCAUCUGGACCUGAAGCCUGAGAAUGUGUUGAUUGAGCAGACGUCCACCCAGCCCGUCGUCAAACUGACUGACUUCGGCGACGCGGUGCAGCUCACUAACGCCCCAUACAUUCACCCCCUCCUGGGAAGCCCUGAGUUCUCUGCCCCCGAGCUGGUCUUGGGCGAGCCCGCCGCCUUCACCUCCGACCUGUGGAGCCUGGGCGUCUUGGCCUACGUGGUCCUGAGCGGCGCGUCUCCGUUCCUGGACGAGAGCGUGGAGGAGACGUGCCUGAACAUCUGCCGGCUGGACUUCAGCUUUCCGGAGGACUACUUCCGGGGCGUGAGCCGCGCAGCCUGCGACUUCGUCUGCCUCCUGUUACAGGGCGAGCCAUCGCGACGGCCCUCCGCCCUGGCCUGCCUGCAGGACGAGCCCUGGCUCCAGCCGCGGGCCCCCUCCCUGAACCACACCCCUGCCGGGAGCACCCGCAUCGACACGUCUCGUCUGAUCUCCUUCAUCGAGCGCCGCAAACACCAGAAUGACAUCCGGCCCGUGGCCAGUAUCAAAGCCUUCCUCCAGUGUCGCCUCCUGACAUAGACCCGAUCUUCUCUCCGCCUGAGAGCGGGAGAAGCAGUGAGCAGGGGAAAACCCACGCCUGUGGAGGAGGCAGAAACGAUCUUGUCCUCUUUUUGAAGCCACAUCCUGUGUGAUAAAAUGGAAUAUUAGACCGCACUCUGCUGCUGCUGCUGCUGAUAAGACCUCAUUUAGAUGGGGGGUUUCUCCCCCCCGCCCCCCACCCCCCCCCCUAGAAAUUUCACUUACGAAACUCGCCAAAUUAUUGGCCACUCUUUGUAUGAAAGAUAAAUGAACAAAUGUUUGUUCAGCUUUUCCUUCCUGAGCCAACAAGGGCAAAGCUUUUUUUUCUGUUUUGUGUUGGGUUUUUUGUUUGUUUGUUUGUUUUAUUUUCACGAUGUUUGAAAUCAGGUUGUUGCAUUGAAUAUAUGGAUUUUUGUGUUCAGGAUAGAUUACCUUUGUACAAAAACAUGUACAG